AUGCCUGGCCUACCGGCUAGCAUUGACCUCGAUGAAUGCAUUGAGCGGCUGUAUAGAAAGGAACUGUUGGCGGAUUCAGUGAUUGAGGCGAUAUGCGCCAAAGCGAAAGAACUAUUGAUGAAGGAGAGCAAUGUAGUUCACAUUGCGGCUCCCGUCACGGUAGUGGGAGAUAUACAUGGGCAGUUCUUUGAUAUGAUUGAGAUCUUUAAGAUUGGAGGCUUCUGCCCAAACACCAAUUACUUGUUCCUCGGAGACUACGUCGACCGAGGGUUAUUCAGCGUCGAGACCAUCUCUCUUCUCGUAUGUUUAAAACUCAGAUACCCGCAGCGCGUUCAUCUCAUCCGCGGGAAUCACGAGUCACGCGGCGUGACCCAAUCGUACGGCUUUUACACCGAAUGCGCGCGAAAGUAUGGCAACGCGAACGUAUGGCACUACUUUACGGACAUGUUCGACUUCCUCACAUUGAGUGUUGUGAUCAACGAUCAAAUAUUUUGCGUACACGGUGGCCUUUCGCCUUCGAUCCACUCAAUAGACCAGAUCAAAAUCAUCGACCGGUUCCGCGAAAUCCCGCACGAAGGGCCUAUGGCUGACCUGGUCUGGUCGGACCCGGACACUGAACGCGACGAAUUCUCCUUGUCCCCUCGAGGCGCGGGCUAUACGUUCGGAGCGCAGGUCGUUCGGAAGUUCCUCGAAGUCAAUAGCAUGUCGCAUAUCCUCCGGGCCCACCAGUUGUGUCAGGAGGGGUACCAGGUGCUCUACGACGACCGAUUGAGUACCGUAUGGAGUGCUCCAAACUACUGCUAUCGAUGCGGGAAUCUUGCCAGUGUGCUGGAGGUCAGCGAUACCGGCGAGCGGUUCUUCAAUAUAUUUGAUGCGGCUCCGGAGAAUGAUAUCCAUCGCGGGGAGCAGCAGGCGCAGCAGAACAAGGAUGGGCAGAGUCCUGUGAUCGACUACUUUCUGUGA